AUGAACAAGCGCAUCAGAGACGACACACAGGCAGCCAGGAAGAAGCUCAAGACGGAGGACGGCGAAGAGCCAGUAGGGGACGAGCUCGACGCUCUCGUCGCAGCCGUCGAUGGCCUCAAACACCUCGGCAGGGCCAUUGCGCCGCCAUUCAGGAAGCUGCCGCCGAAGCAGCAGUACCCUGACUACUACCAACUCAUCAAGAAGCCCAUUGCCAUUGAAAGUAUCCGUCAAAAUCUCAAGCAGGGCGAAUAUUUGACCCUCGACAUGCUCAAGCAAGAUCUGCUGCAAAUGACCAACAACGCGAAGCGCUACAAUGAGAAGGGCUCUGGCUUGUACCUCGACGCAAAGCUCAUUAGCAGUCUGGUCAAGACGUGGGGAGGAGGGCAAGCUGCGCCGAGCAGUAGUGAUGACGAAGCCGCCCCGUUGACGAUGAAGCAGAAGAUUGCGUGGAUCCUGCAAAAGCUGCACCAGGUCUUCGAUGGCGAGCGGCGACUUGCAGAGAUCUUUUCCGUGCUGCCAGACAAGGAGAUGUAUCCAGACUACUACAAGAUCAUCAAACGGCCCAUCUCCCUCAAGGAAAUCGACAAGGACAACAAGCGCGGCAACUACAAGAACAUUGACAAGUUUGCUGAUGACCUCGAGCAGAUGUACACCAAUGCGUUGACCUUUAACGAAGAUCAGUCUAUUGUUGCACAAGACGCAAGAGCACUGAAAGAGCUGUCUGACAAGCUGAUUGCUGAUGUGCGUGCG